GAGGCCAGGCAAAUCCCCAUCCCGUGGCUCGAUCUCCCUAUUUCUCUCUCCCGUGUGGUCGGAGCUCACUGCAGCGGCGGCGGCGGCGGCGAACGAGGGGGGAGAGAGAGAGGUCGAGGUAGAGAGGAAAGGGAGAGGAGGGCGGAGGAAGAUGAGCGGGAACGGCGUGAAGAAGGUGGCGGAGGUGGCCGCGAAGGCCGGGAAGGCGAUCGACUGGGAGGGGAUGGCCAAGAUGCUCGUCUCCGACGAGGCGCGCAAGGAGUUCAACACCCUCCGCCGCACCUUCGAGGACGUCAACCACCAGCUCCAGACCAAGUUCUCUCAGGAGCCCCAACCGAUUGACUGGGAGUACUACAGAAAAGGAAUUGGGUCUAAAGUUGUAGAUAUGUACAAGGAAGCUUAUGAAAGCAUUGAAAUCCCCAAGUACGUUGACACCGUGACUCCUCAGUACAAGCCAAAGUUUGAUGCGCUGCUUGUUGAGCUGAAAGAAGCAGAAAAGGAGUCUCUGAAGGAGUCAGAGAGGAUAGAGAAGGAGCUUGCUGAAUUGCAGGAGAUGAAGAAAAAUAUCAGCACAAUGACAGCAGAUGAAUACUUUGCAAAGCAUCCUGAGGUCAAGCAGAAGUUCGAUGAUGAAAUCCGUAACGACAACUGGGGCUACUGAAGAGUGGAGGAACUCUUUGUUUCCCUUUCUUGGAAGAGUUAAUAAUUUUGUCUUGUGUCCCAGAGUGUAUGUAUAGGGGAAUCCACUAUCGCAACAAUGGUGGUUUCCAUACCAUGUGGAUGGGGCCUGUUUAAACUCCCAAACUGAUUCUACCAUGUCGUCCGUGCUGCAGUUCCAACUGAAUUUGCUUGUGUUGGACCUCUUCAUUUUCUAGAGGGUUGACCCUUAAGAAGUUUAUGUUUUAUUGUUUUUGUGUUCAUCUCCGUUCUACAUGAAUAAAGAUGAUCAAUUGUUGAAAGAUUAUGUUGAUC